AUGCAUCGAGUCCGGGCUUGGGCACACUCGUCUGCCCACCAAAACAAAUUCAAUCCCUGGUCAGCAGAUGGCCGCAAGACUUCUGUCCUCUCACAAAAUGGCCAGCCAAGUGAUGAAGAAAAGCCCAAGAAAUCCCUCUGGACUCGGUUCUACGACAACUUCAAAACAGCACUCUUCCACAGCUGGGUCAAUGUUCUCCUAAUAUUUGUACCUGUUGGUAUAGCAGUCCACUUUGCGAAUAUCAACCCGAACGUCGUCUUCGCCUUGAAUGCGAUUGCUAUCAUUCCCUUGGCAGGUCUCUUGACUUUCGCCACCGAAAGCGUGGCUCAUCGACUUGGACCAACCCUAGGCGCCUUGCUGAAUGUGAGCUUUGGAAAUGCUGUCGAAUUGAUCAUCUUUAUCGUCGCUCUGGUCAAAAAUGAGAUCCGCAUUGUUCAAGCAUCACUUAUUGGUUCUCUUUUGGCAAAUCUGCUGCUCAUUCUUGGGAUGGCGUUCCUUAUUGGGGGCCUUGAGUAUCGAGAGCAGAUAUAUGACAGCACCGUCACUCAAAUGUCGGCUUGUUUACUGGCCUUGGCAGUAUUGAGUUUGCUCAUCCCGACAGCUUUCCAUGCGUCUUUCAGUGAUACUGAUGCUGCGGACAAAGCAGUCGUCAAACUCAGUCGCGGUACUUCGGUCAUUCUUCUGGUUAUCUACUUUCUCUACCUGCUUUUCCAGCUCAAAUCGCAUGCGUACCUAUAUCAAGGAACACCGCAAAACAUCAUAGACGAAGAAGCAGCCCCUGGCUUUCUGGCACGGUUUGAUUCUACGAGCUCCUCGUCUGCGUCCUCACGAAACUCUACCGCUAGCACCGGAUCCAGUCGUCGAGUGCGCAAGAGACUACGGGCGAAGCUUGGAAUGAAACGUAGGGCAAAAAUAGAAGUCGAGCCCGAAGCAGAGACCGAGCAGACCGGGCAGAUUGAACGGCCAGAACAAGCAGGCGCGCUCUCUACGGUCAUUUUGGAAGAAAAGACAGCUGAACCAGAGCAGAUGGCACCUUCCACAACGGCUCCUAAUGCCGUGACGGCAACUUCGCAGGCGCCCGCAGCCAAAACAAAGGCACCCCUUGGCCCUCGGGGCUUGUCGUUCCGAACCCCUCCAGUAUUCCGUGCCUCGACAAAUCCACCAGGAGGACAAUUGCCUGCGGACGCUCAACAGGACCCUCUGCGACGCCAUAGAUCCGAUCCUGACCGUCGCAUUCCAGGUUCAGGCCCCAGUCGGGGCAACACCGGAGCUUCAAAAGCUUCGAGACAUACCAUCCCCAAGACUGCAGAGGCUGAAGCGGACGACGAACCGCCUAUGAGUCAGAUGGCGUCAAUCGGUCUCCUACUUGUAUCGACAGUUCUGGUUGCUCUUUGUGCCGAGUUUUUGGUCGGUAGUAUCAACCAUUUGGUGCAGAGUUCACCUCUGUCGGAAGCAUUCGUUGGACUGAUCAUUCUGCCGAUUGUUGGCAAUGCCGCAGAGCAUGUCACGGCGGUUACCGUGGCGGCAAAAAACAAGCUUGAUCUUGCAUUGGGUGUCUCACUGGGAUCAUCCAUCCAGAUUGCGCUGUUCGUUACCCCAAUCGUCGUCUUACUCGGGUGGAUCCUUAACAAAGAUAUGUCGCUCUACUUCAGCUUGUUUGAAGUAGCGGCAUUGUUCGUGUCAACCUUCAUUGUCAACUUCCUUGUGCUUGAUGGAAGGAGCAAUUAUCUGGAAGGCGCACUGUUAUGUGCUUGCUAUAUCAUCAUUGCGGUCGGAGCAUACUUUUUCCCAGACUCCCAGCAGCAGAGCCUGUCUACAAGUGGACCGUCAAGUUCCUAA